AUGCACGUUAACGCAGCAUUGGUCACCAAUAGAAGACAAACGUACGUGAUCUACAAUGACGAUAGCGUAGCGUUACUGAACGAAUUCGAUAUGACCGUUAACGGAUAUCACACGUUACAGUCGAUAUUUCCAGGAAUACCAUCAUCUCCUACUCUAGCUUUCCGAUAUAUCGAUGGGUCUCUUUAUUUCCUACACAAACGUCAAUAUUACAAAUUUAACAAAUUCACCAGAACGAUAACGAAUGCUGAUAAAUUCGACAUGAAAAUACUCAACGUUAAUUGUCCCACAGACGGACUACUCAAGCAAUUGCAGGAUCUUCUUACUCGACUGCUCCAAUCAAGUAAUUCACUCAUAAGCAUCGCGUUGGAUACAGAGGACGAUUAA